CGAGAGCCCCAUUUCUCGAGCACCCACACCGACUAUCAGUGGUUUCUCCCUCUUCCAGCUGAUUUCAGAUCCGUGCCUCUACGCCUGAACCAAGACUCGAGCGAGGGACGAACCAUUCCUCGAAGGGGGGGGAGCCACGGUACAAGACGAUUCAUUAUUCUCACAGAGUUGGGGUACACAAAGAACAAGUCACAGUCCCCGGGAUAAUAUAACUGGUUAUCCGGUUAUUUUGUGAGGGCAGAGGCAGUCCUAGUACAAAUCCUUGGGCCAGUGAGGGCCCUUUGGCGUGGCUGCCCUCCUAUUUCCCUGUUGGUACAUCCCGCCUCCAGCUGACCGGCCUGGAAUCACGGUUUGGAUCCUAGGACUGGGCGCCCUGGAGCCCCCGGGACAGUGUGAGAGAGGCAACCCCCGUGUCAGUGAGCGACUCCCCUCAGCGCCAGAGCCUCGGAAAUGGGUGACACCGGCAGCGAGCGCAGCAACGCACCCAGCCUCCCCCCGCGCUGCCCCUGCGGAUUCUGGGGGUCCAGUAAGACUAUGAAUUUGUGUUCCAAAUGUUUUGCAGAUUUCCAGAUGAAACAGCCAGAUGAGGACACCACCCCCAGCACAAGCAGCAGCCAAUCAGACUUGUUCCCCAGCGAGACAGAUAGUGACAACGGCAAUACCUCGAUACCCACACCGACUGUUAUCCCCACCCAGCAGCUCCCGACAGAACUGAAUGUAGAUUCUCCCAGCAAAGAAGACUGUGGGCCCUGUACAGACACCACUCAUGUCUCGCUAACCACACCAACCAAAAGAUCCUGCGACUCAGAUUCACAGUCAGAGGACGACGCUUCCCCCAUGAAACGACCUCGGCUACUUGACAGCGGGGACAGGCCAGACAGCAGUAGUCGGUCCAAACAGAAGAGUCGCCGUCGCUGUUUCCGUUGCCAAAUAAAACUGGAGUUGGUACAGCAAGAGCUGGGAUCCUGUCGCUGUGGUUACGUCUUUUGUAUGUUGCAUCGACUUCCAGAACAGCACGACUGCACGUUUGACCACAUGGGGCGCGGACGCGAGGAGGCCAUUAUGAAAAUGGUGAAACUAGACCGGAAAGUGGGCAGGUCUUGCCAACGCAUUGGCGAGGGCUGCUCCUGAGUGCCACACUCUCCAACCAAAUGCUGUUUCUCUUAGUUCACAACAGUUAGCCUUAUUUAGGAUAAAGUCAACUAGGCUCUCACCAAUGGGCAAGUGACAGACCACAAGCCAAUCAGGUUAUCUUUCUUCUGUUUUUGAACAUGCAGGUACUUCAAUAAAUUAAGUUGUUGUAAGAUGACUGUUGGCUGUGCUGGUUACCCACUGGCAAGCAAGAAAGCAUCAGUAGUUUGGGGUUAUUUUAUUUUAUCUGUAUUUCCAUUCCACUGAAAAAAAAUAAAUGGCUGUUAUCCGA